AUGGCUAACAAGGGCGAGGAAGAGGAAAAAAGUGAUAUUGAUGACAUUAAUUUGGACGAUGAAGAAGAGCCGCAGCCAGAGCGGAGAAAACGGAUACGUAUAGUUGUACCCGAAGAGGACGAGGUGUCAACGGCACCCAGAAGUAGAUUACAAACGGUUUUCUAUUAUAUAAAAAUUGCAUUUCUGUGCAGCGUUUGGCUAGUAAUAGCAGUGCUGCUGCCGACGAUGCCCAUUGAGAAGAUGGACGGACAUCUGACAACAAUUUUUCCAAAUCAAACAAAAAUCAUAGUUAUCGAUCUGAAGCGCGUCACACGCACAUCGCUGGGUUUAAGAGCGUACGGACCAUUUCUUGUCAGCGUCCAUGCAUCGAAUGUUGAUCCGGGCAUAAAUAAUCAUAUGACAGCAUUUUUGGAGAAAGCGAUUUACGCUGCCGACGGCGAAAGCAUAACCAAUAUCAUAGUUGUGUCGAAUAUACAAUAUUUUUUGCUGACCACCAGCGAACUCUUGAGUACCAAUGUUGCGCCAGUAAAAGUGUACGGACAUUUUGGGCUGACAAAUUUCUCCACGGAGCAGGCAAACAAUGUGCGACUGCGUCUGCACCUAGAGACAAAUGUCGACACGGAAGUGACGAUAAAGUAUUUUUAUGAACGUUCCUUGGAUGCGCAAACUUGCAUUAUACUCGGCGCCCUAGUGUUGGCCUUCCUGUAUAUAUCGAUUGUUUGGGAGUUGGUGAAUCGCACAUUCGUCGCAUUGAUAGCGGCCACUUUGGCUAUUGCGGUGCUGGGUUUUAUGCGCUCAUGGCCCGAUAUCGGUAAGAUCAUCAAAUGGAUGGACACGGAAACUCUGCUACUACUCUUCGGCAUGAUGAUACUGGUUGGCGUACUUGCCGAAUCGGGCAUUUUCGAUUAUUUUGCCGUGCAGGCAUAUAAAAUAUCCCGGGGACACAUUUGGCCGAUGGUCAACAUAUUAUGUUUCUUUACCGCAACGCUGUCGGCCUUUGUGGAUAGCGUUACGAUGAUGCUGCUCAUAACACCGAUCAUUGUCAAGCUGUGCGAGGUAAUGCAAGCCGAUCCGGUUUUGGUGCUGAUGUUCCUCGUCAUCUAUGCAAAUAUCGGUGCGGCCUCGACGCCAGUCGGCGAUCCGCCCAAUAUCAUAAUCACGACGAACUCCUUCAUUGCCUCGCAUAAUGUGAACUUCAGCAACUUCAUGGUGCACACGCUGCCCUGCGUGCUGCUAACGCUGCUGCAGACAUACAUACAGUUACGCUUGACGUUCCGCAAGUUGGGUGUCGUGCCGUACAUAGCCGAUGCUCAGAGUGAAAUGCGUAUGGGUGUGCACGCGUGGGAGCGCGCUGCCGCCGCCAUACAGCCCUACUCGAAGGACACAAGACAGCUGCGCGAUGUGCUUAUGCAUAAGGCGCAGCACGUUAAGCGACAUAUAAAGAGGCUGGGAAAGCGCCGCACUACGACAGCCAAUUACAAGGAGACACUCACCGAACUGCGCACCUUCUACGGCAUACGCAAUAAGAUUUUGCUCUUCAAGUCGAUCAUUGCAUUCGCUUUUGUUAUGACGCUAUUUUUCAUGCACUCCGUGCACGGCCUGCAUCAGUUGUCGCUGGGUGAGUGCGCCCUUAUGGGUGCGAUAAUGCUGCUGAUACUGGCGGAUGUGCGUGAUAUGGAGGCGAUUUUGGGACGCGUCGAAUGGUCAACGCUCAUAUUUUUCGGCUCCUUAUUCGUGCUCAUGGAGGCGCUUACCGAGAUCGGCAUCAUUGCUGUGCUCGGUCAUAUGGUGGAGAAUUUAGUACGCUCGGUGGAUGAGGAGCAACGCUUGUUGGUCGCAUUGCAGUUGAUGCUGUGGGUGUCGGCGAUUGCAUCAGCGUUCCUCGACAAUAUACCGGUGACGACAAUGAUGAUACGCAUUGUGAUAUCGUUGUCACAAAAUAAGGAACUCCAUCUGCCGCUGCAUCCAUUGGUUUGGGCGCUGGCGCUGGGCGCAUGCUUCGGCGGCAACGGUACUUUAAUUGGCGGCUCCGCCAACGUGGUGACUGCUGGUGUUGCCGAACAACAUGGUUAUGCAUUCACUUUUAAACGGUUCUUCAUGGUGGGCUUUCCCGUCAUGAUCGGCAAUGUGAUCAUCACAUCCAUAUACCUUUAUGUGUGUCACAUUGUGUACGAAUGGCAUGAUCCACCUAUAAACUGA